AUGAAAUUCUUACUGUUUGCAUUACUGUGUUUGUCCUAUGUACAAGCAGUCGAGGAUGACCACGAAGUCCAAGACGUUUUUGACACAGAUGAGGAUGAGUUUAAUUUAGAAAAUGAAAUCGCGUCUGAUGAAGACGAUGAAGUUGACAUCGACGACGAAGAAGAAGAAGAUAAUGAGGAAGAGGAGGAUGAAGAAGAUGAUGAUGAUGACUUCGAACUCUCCGAUGACGACGAUGAUGAAGAUAGACGACGAAGAAGACACGGAAGAUCAUGGAGAGGAAGAAGAAGACAUCACCGCCGUGGGGGGAGAAGACACCACAGAAGAUAUAGCCGACAUAACAAAAGAAGACACAAUAGAAAGUGCCCAAAGGGAAGAAGAGGUAAGAAGUGUCGAGCAAGACUUGCCCGUCUUAACGCGCAACGACGAAAACAAGCCGUUGUCAAAAGAAAGCAAGUUCAAGUGAAGAAACAAGUCAAACGUGUAGCUCGCAAAGCAGUGAAAGCAGUCAAGAUGUCUGCUCGUGCUGCCAUUAAGUACUUCAAGAAAGAGAAAUUCAUCGGCAAACCAAUUAAUGCCCAACUCGAGAAACAAGCUGCUCAGGCAUUGUUGCCAAAGUACGAGGCCAUCUUAAAGAGAGUCGACCUUAAACAACCGACCACUGAGAAACAACAAGAGAAGGCGAAAGAAAUGGUCCACAAGUUGAAAGGUAUUAUACAAGGAAGAUACUCCGUCAAGUAUAUUGCAGAGGUCUUAAGAGAAGCUGCUGAACAGAUCAACAAGAUCAAAUUAAUGGCAUAUAAGAAGACAGCCACAUGCUCUUGUAAGGCGAUGAAGACCGUCAGAAGACAAUUGAAAGGACUGAAGAGAGAAUAUCGAAAGAUGAAGAGUCAAUAUACCGAUAUAACAGGGCAAAUCAACGCUUUGAAACAACAAUUAAUCAACGAGAACAUCGUCUCGAUGUAUAAGGAACGAACUCUUGAGCUUGAGUAUAAGCUGAAGAUUCAAAGACUGCUGAAGGAGAAAUGCAAGCUGAGACUUGCGAUGAAAACAAACAAAGUGGCCGUUGCAAUGACGACUAAAGUGGAGAAGGCUGUUGAGAAAGCCGAGAAAAUUGCGAAGAAGGCGAUUUUGAAAUCCGGAGGAGACGUCAAAGUGAUUCAAAAAGCUCAAAAAAAAUUGAAGGCCGCUCUGAAGAAAUUGGUUCCAAAGAGUGAGGCGAAGAAAAUGGUCAAAGAGAUUAUGGUGAAGGAAGUGAAGAAGAUGGCGAAGAGCGCUGAUAUCCCAAAGAAAGAAAUGAAACAGAUGUUAAAGAAGGUAGAGAAGAAGGAAGUAAAGACUGAGGAAAAGACGGAGGAAAAGAAGAAGGAAAAGAAGAAGGAAGAGAAGAAGGAAGAGAGUCCCGUCGAAAAGCAAACUAAGGAAGUAGUUAAGGCUGUAGCGAAGCCAAAGAAAGUCGCUAAAAAGGCGAUUAAAAAAUGCCAUCUUAUAUUACAAGACACUGCAAAGCAAAUGGAGAAAAUCACUAAGUGUACCACUAAGAAGUGCCAACAAGACAAUGAACUUGUUGCACGUUUGACGGACCAGAUCUACAAUAAAAUUGUUGCCACCAAAUAA